AGCUGCUGCUGCCCUCCCUGACCCCCCCGGCUCUGCCCUCCUGAGCGCCUGCAGGAGCCGAGCCAGCUACAGCCGGGAAGUUCCUGAGUCACCUCCCUCUCCCCCCCUUGAUCCGCUCCUGGUUCCCACCCCGGUCCCACUUAGUCACUCCGGAUUUCAGCUCCCCUCCCCCCGCAGCAUCCUCCCCCCGCCUUCCUCACUCUGCCUCCACCCAGGACGGGGGGGGGGGGGGUGUUUUUUCGACAGGGCUGUGGGGACGGGGCUGGGCGGAGGAAUUACUGAGAACCCAGCGAUCCCUGGGGGGCAGGAACAGCAACGGGGGGGCAUUGACACCCCGACACUGGCUCCCAACCGCGGGAGCUCCGAGCCCUGGGGUGGGGCUGGUUUUUUCAGAGGAAUUUGCUCCGCCCCAACCAGCCCGGGACACAGACCGCGACUUCAACUUUCCCUACUUUGGUACUUUCAAGUUUGAGGCCAGGGACAGGGGCAGGGGUGGGCACAAAGGGGGCUUGGCCCUGUCGAUGGCGGGUCGGGUCUCAAACCCUCGGGCUUCAGGACCCCGUGUGCAGCCUCGAGCUUUGUAGAAUUUUGUGGAACCUUCCAGACUUUCUGAUUCAAAGCUUCUCCCCUAGAUUCAGCCGGGAGGGGAGCUCCGGGCCCUGGAUCCCCAGCUGCACGGCUCUGUCUGAGAUUUCUGGACACACAGCACUGAGGUCCCUUCAAAUGGGCCGUUAGCACCAAUGGGCCUCACUGAAGGGAUUCUCAGGGAGAAACCGGCACCUCCUGAUUCUGAAUGUCAACCUGGCUGUGGGAAUGUCCCUGCAAAUUCAGAGAUUUCUCUGCAUCUGAACACAGACUGGGACGCUGGCGCAGAGCUGGGCUUCCUUUGUGACAGACCAAGCUACGAUGACGGGGAAGGUUCCCUCGUUCUCCCCCGGCUCCACAGUGAGCUCCGCUCUGCCCGGCUACGUCGCUCUCUGCCUCACUCUACAGGUCCACAGGCUGGUGUCAGCACAGUUCACAGUGACUGGACCUGACCACCCAGUCAUUGCCUCCCUAGGUGGGGAGGCCAUCCUGCCCUGCCACCUCUCCCCUAGGAUGAGCGCUGAGAACAUGGAGGUGAGGUGGUUCCAAUCCAAAUACUCUGCGGUUGUGCACCUGUAUAAGGAUGGACGGGAUCAGUAUGAAGAGCAGAUGGCAGAAUAUCAACAAAGAACUGAGUUCUUGAAAGACGACAUCACCAGUGGGAGUGUUUCCCUGAGAAUACACAACAUCCAACCCUCUGAUGAGGGACAGUACAAGUGUCGUUUUCAGUCCAGUGUCACUUAUGAAGAAGCUUUAUUAGAAUUACAGGUGGCAGAUUUGGGCUCUGCUCCUGCCAUCUCUGUGGAGGGACAUCAGGACAGAGGGAUCCGGGUUGUGUGUCGAUCAUCUGGAUGGUACCCACAGCCCAAGGCUCAGUGGAGAGAUCUCCAGGGGCAGCUCUUACCAUCGGCCUCUGAAAACAUAUCCCAAGAGGCCGAUGGCCUGUUUCAAACAGAGAUUGCCAUUGUUCUAAGAGAAGAGUCCAACCAGAAAGUGUCCUGCUGUGUCAGGAACCCCCGUCUCAACCAGGAGAGAGAGUCAGCGAUUUACGUAACAGAGCUGUUUUUCCCACAAGUCAAUCCUUGGAUGGUGGCUCUGGCUGUGAUCCUGGCUGUUCUCCUUCCCCUGGCCGGUUACUGCUUCUGGAGGCAACACAGAGCAAAAGAGGCUCUGCGAUCUGAGAUGAAGACACAGAAAGCGGAAUACGAGGCAGUGAAAGAACUGGGACUCAUCAGAGCCCGAAGAUACGCAGUGGACGUGACUCUGGAUCCAGACACGGCAAAUCCCUGGCUCGUCCUGUCUGAGGAUCGGAAACGUGUGAGCGACGGACACACACGCCAGGAUCUACCCAAUAAUCCUGAGAGAUUUGAUCCGUGUGUCUGUGUCCUGGGCGCUGAGGGGUUCGCAGGCGGGAGGCGUUACUGGGAGGUGGAGGUGGGAGACAAGCCUGAGUGGGCUCUGGGAGUUUGUAGGGAAUCUGUGAACAGGGAGGGGUGGGUCACACACACACCUGACGAUGGAUACUGGGCCAUGUGGCUGUGGUAUGGGGAAUACAAGGCCAGCACCGAUCCCCCGACCCCGCUCCCCGUGAGGGUCAGGCCCAGCCGGGUGGGGAUUUUCCUGGACUAUGAGGCGGGCGAGGUCUCAUUUUACAAUGUGACUGACAGGUCCCAUCUCGUCACUUUCACUGGCACCUUCUCCGGGACGCUCCGCCCUUAUUUCUGUCCUGGUCCCAACUCCGGGGGUGAAAAUGUGGCUCCCCUGAUAAUCUGCCCGGUGCCAGCUCAAGCUGGAGGGAAUCUCGGUCCCUGACAGUGACACCCACGGCACAGACUAUCCCCUCCCAGCACUGCUGCUCUUCCUGCCCCCAGUUGUGCAAGCCAGAUACUGCCGGCAACUGGAGUUUUUGUGCUGACCGGACGCUGCCAGUUUCCCUUUUCAACUCGAGGUUCCAGUCGAAAACCAGACACUUGGCAACCCCCAGCCCUCACCUUCCCCCGUCCCCUGCCCCAGGGGUAGCAGAUGGUGGUGGAUGGGGAAAGGUGAGGGCUAGGGGUUGCCAAGUGUCCAGCAUCCCAUAUAUAGUCAUUCACUUCUGUCAGAAUUUUCUACCCCUGUGAACUCUCAAGGUAAAAUAUGAAAGAAAAAAGAUUAUUCUAAUUUAGAAAAUAUUAUUGUAACAAGGUGUAAAUACAAGAAUAUUUUAAUUUACAUUUCAACAGUACUUCAAAAUCAAGCAUCUAAACAUGUUUUUAGCAAUGGAAUUAUUUACAUGUUUUUUAUUCUUCCCUCAAAUCUAUAUUGAAGUUUAACUUCUCUGAAUAACGUCAUUUGUAUUUCAACUGUGGAAUUUCAAGAAAUCCAAAAUAUUUAUCUUGACAAAAUAAACUAUUAAAUUGUCAGACGGCGUUGUUCAA